AUGUCGGAGAAAAAUCUGUUCAAAACACAAAUACGCAUUCGACGUUAUGUGAGUCUCCUGAUUUCCGAUGAAUUCAAUCACUGGGUCUUGGAACAGCGUCGUUUGGAACAAUCCAAAAAUAAGCCCAAACCACAAAAGUGGUCCAACCUGCAUGUGACUCGGACGGAAAUUUGGCUGUCCAGUGCAGUUUGGUGGCCAGGUUCAGUAAUUCGGAGUAUUCAACUGAUGGAAGUUCGCGGACUUGUCACCUUUCACGCGGUACCUUCACUUCUGGCUAUGGGUAUCCAGUCUCGAUUCAAUCCAUCUAAUAAGCAAUAUGUGGUCAUGUUAUUACCCUCAGGCAAACAUCGAGAUAAGUUGAUCCAAUUGUUACAACCAUUAUGUGAUCCGCAACACCGCGUAAGUCAAUGUGACAUACAAACCGAUUUGGGUCAAGGUGCCUCGACUAGCGGUUAUCGAUUAUCGGACACUUCGCGAAUCGAACUGGGUCUAUAUCGCGGUGAAGAUAUCGGUAGUUCGUGGUCCAUGUCCACGGAUCCAACGAGCAGUGCGCGACGUGGAAAUGAGUCAGUCUUGGUGGAAAUUCAGAAACCAACCGUAUCAGCACUACANCUACAACCAACACCAGCCACACCACCGAGAUUGCCCUCGCCCCCGACAAAAACAGUUCCAAAUCCAUCCAUUUCGUCAGUGGAUAAAGUCAAACCAGUUGUUAUGCCUAGGGCUUUCCAAGAACAACCACUAAUCAAAUCUGCAUCACCGAAAAUAAGCACAGUAAGGCCAGUCCUCACACCACCAGUACCAUCACCGUCAUCGUCACGAACUGCAUCACGGUCUUCGGGAGCAGCGACCCCAAACCCGAUAUCCGUUAAAGCCACAGUUAGUUCACUGGAAUCUAAACGUGUUGAUUCCCCGGAGAUUCCGGUCAAAUCGGCAGAGGAAUACCAUCCAGGAAUCGACGAGGACCAACUGACCUAUGUGUGCUACCAUCCUAAAUUGGGAAUGGUCAUCUGCGAUCGUGGACCGGUGUAUUUGUACUGUGAACAUUUUCUUCCCGGACGGAAGAUAUAA